AUUCCUCUCAAAAAAAUCAAUCUGAUUGGAACAAAAAAUAAUAAUAAUAAAUAAAUGGCAAUGGCUUUCAGGGGAAAUAGCUACUGGAAAUCAAUGCUAAUCCGACAACUAGGAGGAAACCGAUCGUUUGCAACAUCAACCGCUCCCAAAUUUGCACCAACUGUUGAUGCUGCUCAUGCAGAUAAUAGCUUAAGUUCCAGGCUGGGUUUGAAGUUUGAGUUAGCCCCAUUGUAUGUGCUGCUGGGAAUGGUUGGGGCAGGUGUGAUUAUAGGGAUUCAUACGGUGAAGCAGCAGCUCAUGCAUUCCCCAACGGUUCGCGUCAACAAGAAGAGGAGGGUAUCCUUGCCGGAGAUAGAGGAUCCGGAAGUUAUUAUCAACAAUUCCGAUAAGUUCCUGAAUAAAUCUUUCCUCAGGAAGGUGGCUCACAUUCAGGAUCGCAAACCUGUCCUCCCUGAUCCCACCCGCGCCGACCCAUAUGCUCGACCUCGAACUGCAGAGACCCUUAAAACGGUUGGAGUCAACCCAACUGGCCAGUGAAUUCUAUCUCGGCAAGCUGAAUCAAAAUCUAUUAGUUUCUCUCAUAGUUAAUCUUGUGAAGAAAAAAAAAAAGA